AUGAACUCAACACCUCUUUCCCUCCCCUGGCACCGCCUCGCCCAAGGUCCUCCUCCUCCUCCUCCUCUUCGUCUUCGCCGAUACCCAUUCACACUGCGGCGGCUCCUGCGGCAACGCCACUUCCAUCCAGGCCUCCUCCUCUCCUCCCUACUCACCAUUUCGUUCAUCAUUCUCUUCUGGGCUGCUCUACCCUACGACAGCCCCGUACGCCUAGCCGUACGCUUCAACUUCCAGCAGCUCAAGGCCGAUUUUUUGGAGGGCGAGGGACUGGGCGUGAAUUGGAAUGCUGAUGCAAAGACGUACCCAUGGUAUCCGGUUAAUAUCACAACAGAUGUGGUUGUGCUGCUGAAGACAGGGUAUGGGACACGGGGGAGGGUGCAGGCUUGGUUUGAGGCGAAUAUGCCUCCGAAGCAGGAAAAGAAUGGGAUGGGGUUUGGGGAGGGUAAUGUGCUUGUUGUUGGAGAUUAUGCUUCAAAACCUGGGAAGGGUUUUGUUUGGCAGGGACGGGAGUUCGUGGUGCGUGAUAUGGCGGGGAAAAUGCUGGAAGAUGCGAGAAAUAUGCUGGGGGAGAGGGAGGUGGUGAAGGAGAAGUACCCGCGAGUAGGGAAGUACGAGGCUUUAAGACAGGCGAUUGAGAAGGGGGAUGAGGAGCAAGCGAUGAAGCUAUCUAAAGAGUGGGGAUGGGAGUUAGACGCGCUGAAGGACCUAUCCACCCUCCUUCUCGCCCACACCCUUUUCCCCACAAAACUCUGGUACCUCCUCCUUGACGAUGACACAUUCAUCCUACGCCCCUCUUUGCAUGCACUCCUCUCCCGCCUGGACCCCAACGUCCCGCACUACAUCGGCAGCCCGGUCGGUGACUAUCGCGCACGCUUCGCACACGGCGGCUCAGGAGUUUUGCUCUCGCGCGCAACACUCAAGACAAUCUUCCCCCAAUCUUCGUCUUCAUCAGACCCCAGGAAGGCACUAAGCGCCGAGGUAUACCGCGACGCGCUGACCAUCCCCUGGGGGGACCGCCUCAUCGCGCAGGCGUGUCAGCGUAGGGGGGUUUAUCUUGAUGAGAGGUAUGCACGGCUUUUUUGCGGCGAGCCGCCUUUGAUGAUGAGGAUUGAGGAUAAGAGGCUGUGUCAGCCCGCACUAUCGUUCCAUAAGCUGGGGGAACCAAACGUGAUGCGUGAAGUGGGAGAGAGGUUCCGCAAUGUUAGUGCCGAGAGCACUGGCCCGGUGCUAUGGAAGGAUUUAUGGCAGGCGUACUACGGUCAGACGGCACCAUGGAAGAGGGUUCCUGAUGCCGCUUCGCUGGAGGGGAGGAAGCAUUGGGAUUAUGUUGGUGAUGUCAGGCCGAAGGAUGAGGAUGUUGAGUAUAGUAGGCCGGUGUUGAGCGCACGGUGGUGUGCCGAGCUUUGUGACCUCAAGGACGAUAAGUGCUUGGCUUGGAGGUGGGAUGGUGAUACUGGGCAAUGCUUUGUUAGUCCGUGGGUGAUGCUGGGAAGGCCGGCUGGGGAGAGUGUGGUUUCGGGGGUUAAUACGCCGAGGUUGAGACGGGUAGAGGAGAAGUGUCAAGGUUGA